UUCUAGCUAUACCAGCUUGAGUAGUGAAUCUAUCACUUUCAUCUCAGUUCCUUUACUAUAUGAUUCUUAAUAUUUAUAUGCAAUUCCUUACAAAUUAUGGCUUUAUCCUCAUUUUGACUCCUUGGUAAUAACUAUAGACUUUAAUGGUGGAUAUAGCUAAGAAACAAUUGAAUUAUGGGAAUUCAGAAACCGGCAUGGUUGGAUGCGCUAUACGCCGAGAAGUUCUUCGUGGGAUGUCCAUACCACGAGACGGCGAAGAAGAACGAGAGGAACGUUUGUUGUCUUGAUUGUUGUAUCAGUCUCUGCCCUCACUGUGUUCCCUCUCAUAGAUUCCAUAGACUCCUUCAGGUUCGCCGUUAUGUGUAUCACGAUGUUGUUCGGCUUGAAGAUCUCCAAAAACUCAUAGACUGCUCUAACGUUCAAGCUUAUACAAUAAAUAGUGCAAAGGUGGUGUUCAUAAAGAAGAGACCACAAAAUAGACAAUGCAAAGGAGCUGGCAACUAUUGCACUUCUUGCGACCGAAGUCUUCAAGAACCUUAUGUCCAUUGCUCCUUGGGUUGUAAGGUGGACUUCGUGAUGAAACGUUACAGGGACUUAACCCCAUUCCUAAAGCCAUGUCAUACUCUAACCCUAGGUCCUGACUACAUCAUCCCACAAGACUUACUGACGGAUGAUGAUGUGGCAGCCUACGAGACUCCUCGAUCAACGGUGGUAGACGGUGAUGAGUCCAUGAGCUGGUCCUCGGCUUCCUCCGAUAACAAUGCCGGUGCGGCUGCUGCGUACGCCGCCUCCACCACCCAUGUUGUGAGAAAAAAGCGGACCGGAUUCUGCCUAUGUGCCAAAUCCGCUAAUAGUUAUAAAGAGGUAUCGGAGGAUCCUGACGAUAUUUCCACUUGCAUCAAUCGGCGAAAGGGCAUUCCUCAACGAUCUCCCCUCUGUUAACGUACUCUUUUAUUUUUCUUUUUAUUUCUUAAUCUUCUUUAUUAGUUUCAUUUCACCAUAUAGUCUUAUAUGUUACAUGUAUGAAUUCUUGUGGCACGGUCUCUCAAAUAAAGUUUAUAAUCAUCUUUCUUUUCUUUUC